AGAAGUUCUGAGCCACCAGAAGGUGGCGGUAUGACACCUAAAAGCUGUUUUUGCCAUUAAACAGAAGAAGAAGAAGAAGAAGUGGCACAUGAUGGCUGGGAGAAGGGGAGCACAAGAUCUGUUCGACAGUAUUCUUUUCGCGGAUGAAAGGUUCCGUGGUAAGGGUUAUCAGGAGGGAUUUAGAAAGGGGACUCACAGGGGUCUGCACAACGGCCGUAGAAACGGGGCAUCCCAAGGAGCCAAGCUGUCAUCUGAGAUCUCCUUUUAUUAUGGUUUUGCAAUUACCUGGAAAUGUCUCCUGGAAUGUAAUGCUGACAACAAAUCAAGGAAAUGCCUGAGGGCACUAGAAGCUCUGCUGAAUUUGAUCCAAAAAUCUCCUCUGGAUGAUCCGCAGUCUAUGACGCUUCAGGAAGACACAGAGAAGCUUCGAGCCAAGUUUAGACAGGUCUGCUCGAUGCUCGGUGUCCCCACUGACUUCAAAGAUUACAUCAAAACAGCUGAAGGGACUUCUUUCUGAAGUUGUAAUGGUGCAGAAACAGCGGUUGUAUCUCAAACAGAAGGAAUGAAGCAAGGCUGAGCUGCUCUCAGCCUCAUAUGAAGUUCAGUUCUGUGAAGUAGUUGGACAAGGCCAGCUUGUACUGGUUCUAUCCUGACUCUAACUGAACUCC